UUAUUCAUAUAGUAACAAACACCUGCAGCUUAUACAAUUCCCCGAACUAGCCAGCCCCACAAACCUUACUAACCCUAAAUCGUUACAGGUAAUAAGUAAAGACAUAGAAACCAUUACGGAACUUAGGGACGGUAACUUGCUGUUGCUGGUAAAAGACAAAAAAAGUGCUAACAAAUUCAUUUCUACGAAACAACUACCAGGCACGGUCUUCGCACCUUACCUUAAAAAUCUAUCCGAUGAAGAAAUAAAAAAGGAAUUAGCUGCUGAGGGAGUGGUCGAUAUUUUCAAGUUCACAAGAAUGAUUGAAAACAAAGCAGUGCCUAGCGGAGUAAUCUUACUCACUUUCGACCUAUAUAGGCUACCAGAAACAAUUGACAUUUCAUGGCACAAAGCACGUGUAAGGGAGUAUUUCCCAAACCCUAUGCGGUGCAAAUUAUGUCAGCGUUUGGGUCAUACAAAAAAACACUGUAGUAACGAUCCACUGUGUGAAAUAUGUAGCCGACCACCCCAUCAAAACGACUGCGAUCGUAUUAAAUGCGCCAACUGUGACGAAGACCAUGCUGCAAACUCUAAUAAAUGUCCCAAAUUCGUUCAACAAAAGGAGAUUCUAAAAAUAAAAAUUCAAAGAAAAUGCACACUAAAACAAGCAAGAGAAAUGUACUCAGCACAGUUUCCGAGAGCAUCACCCCCUUUGUCUUUCGCCGCAAAGGCCAACAGCAUCAACAAUAAUAUCACAACACAAGCAAACAACAACAACAGCAAUAACGAACCAACAAAUAAAAUAGAUGAAAACACCAUCAAAAAAACUUCUUUAAACGAGGAGCCGUCUAGUACUCCUCAGAAUCUAGACAAACCUUCAAGUGAACAAACAACAACGUUUUUAAAAACAGCUACAACUCACAAAAGCACAAACCCGACAACAGCAAGCCUAAUAACUGACUCGCCUAUGACUCGAAUCAGUCAACAACUAAUUCAAAGCAAUAGCUAUUUCAUAUCCCCAAGCAGUGUCGACGAAAAUUUAAAU